AUGGCGGACCGAAAGGCUAUCGUUUACGACUUCGAGAAGUUGGAGGAUUAUCAACUGAAGAAUGAAACCGUGCUUGACAUCGUCAAAAAGGACACUGGUGCCGAGUUUUGGAGACAGACGCGAACAAUUCCUCCCACUUCCUACCCUCCACCCAUGACUUUGGAGGCCAUUGAGAAGCUGAAGGAAGUUAAGGGGGUCAUUGUAAAGGAUGUUCCAACUGAGGAGUUGUAA